AUGGCACCCCCAACAAACAGGAAAGAAAUACUCAAGGCGCUCAGGGCUCAGAUUGCUGAUGGAAAGCCCAUCGUCGGUGCCGGAGCCGGCAUUGGCCUCUCCGCCAAGUUCAUCGAGGCUGGCGGGGGCGACCUCAUCAUCAUUUACAACAGCGGUCGCUUCCGGAUGGCCGGGAGAGGAUCUCUCUCCGGAUUGAUGCCCUACGGCAACGCAAAUGACAUUGUUGUUGAUAUGGCAAAAGAGGUCCUCCCCGUUGUCAAGCACACACCCGUCAUCGCCGGCGUCUGUGGAACUGACCCCUUCCGUGAUAUCCCUCGCUUCCUACAGCAGCUGAAAGACCUUGGAUUUGCGGGAAUCCAGAACUUCCCCACCGUCGGGUUGAUCGACGGACAGUUCCGGGCCAACCUGGAAGAGACGGGCAUGUCGUAUGAUCUCGAGGUCGACGCUAUCCGCUACGCCCAUGAGCUCGACCUGCUAACCACCCCGUACGUGUUCAACAUCCAGGAGACGGAGAAGAUGGCUCGCGCGGGGGCGGAUAUCCUCGUCGCGCACAUGGGAUUGACGAGCAGCGGGUCUAUUGGCGCGGCUACGACCAAGACGCUGGACGAGUCUGUCGAGUUAAUUCAGCAGAUCCGCGACACGGCCGUGGGCAUCAACCCGGAUAUCAUCAUUCUAUGCCACGGAGGGCCGAUUGCAAACCCCGAAGACGCCGAGUACGUCCUCAGUCGGACAACGGGCAUUCAUGGUUUCUAUGGGGCAAGCUCUAUGGAGCGACUACCUGUGGAGGAGGCCAUCACGAGUAUCACACAAAAGUUCAAGGGAGUCGAGAUGAAUCGAAAAACAUAA